AUGUGGUGUUGUUGUUCGCUGCCUUUUCUUCUCCCGUCUGAUCAAAGGCCGCUAACUAUAUGUGUCUUACCUAAUCAAUCCCAUCGCACCAGGUAUGUGCACACACACAUAUACCACCAAGAUCUAAUUCACGACCCUAUUUUUAACAAAUUGCUAUUUGGCAUGGUUCAUCUGACUGUUUCUUCCUUCCGAGCGAGGAUAACCGGAGGAGAGAAGCAGGCUGUGUUCAACGGAUCGGAUGAAGCCGUGCGCCAGAACACGAGUUGUGCUUGUGCCAAAGGGACUUGGGCCGUUUCUGGUCUGCACAGCACGGGCAGCUUGGCUGUUGACUUUCUUUCUUUUUUAGAGCCAAGUCUAUACUCGGUCUUUGAUAGGUGGGCUUGUUGUUUUCGUCACGGAUUUGCUGGACAAUUGAAUCGGAGAGCAAGCCAUUAUGUCGAGUCAGUCGGGAGUCGGAAGACAAGAACACAUAUGAAGACGAUGUCCGAGAUGUUGAAACUAUUGUGGUUCGGUUCAGCUCAGUUCAAUUCAGUUCAGUUUCUCCGCAUGAUCAGGAUUUAUGUCUCCGAUUACAAUCAGCUGAUACUUAAGACUCAGGAUGUGCCGUGUUGCCGAACAGAUGCGAGUUGUCCUUCGACAUCAUACCUAGUCGUAGAUAAAUAG